AUGAAGGUAAACCAGAAUUCAUACGAAAACACGAUUCGUCAUCAAGAGCAACACGGAAGUGUAUAUUGGUCUGAUUCUGCACUUAAUGACUUGACCUCCUUGGAUCCAUCUGAAACUUUAGUCUCGCAAUUGACUACCUCAUUUGCGAUACCAAAUUCUCCAACGUGGCAAGAUUCAAGCACUUCUGUGCAAUGUAAAAAUUUAGAAAAAUUAAUUGGUGGUCCAGAAGUGUUGGCGAAUAUAACAGGAUCAAGAGGAUUCGAAAGAUUUACCGGAAAUCACAUUGCCAAGGCAAGACAUACACGUGAUAACCCCGCCACCAUCUUAUCCUUUUAUCUGCAACCCGAAGACGUGGUAAUUUCAUUAGGAACUUCAGACACAGUACUUAUAUACACAGCCACGGCAUCACCUACCUUGGAAUCUCAUACUUUAUGUCAUCCCACUGAUCCGGAUGCUUUCAUUUCUAUGCUGUGUUACAAGAAUGGGAGUCUAACCAGAGAAUAUGUGAGAAAUAUGUAUUGUCCGAAUUCUGGUGGAAAUGAUGAUGGUUGGUUGGAAUUUAACAAACACCUUUCCACCACGUUACCAGAUCCGGCGAAAAUUGGGUUCUAUUUUUUACAUCCAGAAAUAAUUCCAUUUGCUAAAGGAAUUUACAGAUUCUUCAAUAAAGAAUUAAUAUCCGAAUUUGUGGAUUCACCUGAAUAUAACAUUAGAGCUAUAAUUGAAUCUCAGUUCAUGUCUAUGAAGUUAAGGGUCGAUCAAUUAGCCAAAGGCAAUAGCGAAAGUUCACAGGAUAACGAUGGAGAAAAGAACAAGGGCCAUACUAAAAGAAUCAUGGUUGUCGGGGGCGCAAGUAAAAAUGAUGAAAUAUUACAAGUGUUGGCGGAUGUGUUUGGUGUUUGUGUAUGGAGAUGUAAUGGUGGAGGUUCGGCGUCUUUUGGUGCAGCCAUCAAAGCUAGAAUGUCAUUUUUGAGAGCAAAUAAAUCGUCUAAAGACAUUGGGGAGGAUAGAAGGGGGAUGAGUGCAUAUGAGAAUGGUUGUGAACUCGUCGCUAAGCCAAGAAGAGAUUACCAUGCAGUAUAUCAAAACAUGAUGAAAGAUUACAGAGAGUUGGAAAAAUUUAUCGUUGAGAAACAAAAAAUUAUCAAUGAAUAA